AUGGUAAUUUACAAAUCCACCUGUCCGGAUAUCCCAACGUCGGCAAGAAGAAUCUAUGAACUUAUUUUCGAUCGCAUUAGGCAACAUGAAAAGGAUCGGCCCGAGCAGCCAAUGUUUAUCGACUCCUUGACUGGAAUUGUAACGACCGGAACUCAAAUCAUUGAGAGAACGUUGUCUUUGGCCCACUUUUUGAGAGAACAUGGUUUCGAAAAGGAUGAUUUCAUUGUGACUCCGGUGGAAAAUGGAUGGCCAUACGUGUGCACGGUGUUGGCAUGCAGUAUGUUGGGUGGUGGAGUGGCUGGCGCUUACCCGAAGAACAGUUCUUGUAAGUUGGGAGAAAAUAAAUUUUUUUAGCGAUUAAAAUUCGUGCCAAAGGAGUGAUUGGAUAGCAGAUCAACUGUGUGUUUUCAGACGAAAUUUCCCAUCAGACCCGUUUAUGUAAGGCCAAGUUCGUCAUGUGCGAAGGUUAUGUUGUCCCCAAGAUCUUGGAGAUCCUCGAUGAGUGCCCCUCUAUUCGAACAAUAAUUACAGUUGGCGAUCAUGUCAACGCAACAACCGACAGGCUCCCCAUAUUUCAAAUUGAAGACAUUAUCAAACGAAGGACGGACUUCCAUGAGAUCCCGGAAAUCGAUGUGGAUAUCGAAAAGAAUGUUUAUUUUCUACCUCCGUCAAGGUAAAAAUACGUCACUUUUAAGUGUCAAAACUUAAUCGAAUACUACCAAUUCGUGCUCAAAAGCUCGGACCAUUUAUUGCCGACGUCUCGCGCAAAAAUGUGGGAUGUCGGACGAAAAAAAUCGUCGCUAGUGCAAAAACGGGAUAUUGCAGUGACAAAAAUGAGAGAACAAGGGGCAAUGAUGAUUGUCCGGACUUUUGAGCGCGAGUAGUAGUACUCAAAUAAUGUAAUACCAUUUCAGUGGGACAACCGGCCUUCCCAAGGGAGUGUGCCAAACGCAAUUCCGGAACAAUUAUGCUCUGCUAAACUUUACGGGGUAGGUUAAUAUCUAGUCUUCGUCGUAAGUCAAGUCCUUGGAGUUGGAACGGAAUUUUUUUUACGUUUUUGAGUGGUACAUUGAAGAGUUGUACCAGAUAUAAAUACAUAUAUGGCUUUUUUUAUUUCUUUCAAACAAGGGAAAAGUAUGAGUUUAAUAAGUAGCCUUGCCUUUUGUAAGCCCUACCACUUGUUUCUCUUUCAGCGCGCUCACCGAGCGCCUCCUCAAGCCGCUGGAUCCCACCUGGAAUUGGCGUGACAACAAGGUCCUGGUUACCCCGCAAGUGGGCUUUGUUUAUGGCCAUGCGGUUACUUUCACUUCGAUUCUAAACGGUUCCGUUGGCGUGUUCGUCCGCAAACCGACCCUGGAGCAUGUGGCCGACUGCAUUGACAAGUACAAAAUACGACAUCUGUAUGGACAUCCCGCAUUGUUCGCGGCUUUGACUCACUAUAAACAAGAAAAUCCGGGGAAAUUGACAACCCUUCAAACGGCGAUGACUAGUGGAGCACCUUUGAAAGAGAAAAUCGUCAAUGAUUUUAUGGAGACUUGUAAUGUAAAGGUUGCUCAACUUUAUGCAAUGAGCGAAGGGCUGAUUGCGUAUACGGAAGUGGAUAGUCCAAUAACCUCGGUUGGAAGACUAUUGCCGCGGACUGAGCUGAGGGUGGUCGAUACCGAAACUGGAGAGGAAUUGGGGUAAGAAAUGAAUACAAAACACGGUCCAACUUUUGUUUUUGCGACUUGCAUAGGGCUGUUAGCAAUCUCUGACUACUUUAAUCACAGUUUUAGUAAGCAUAGACGAGAUACUUAACGGCGCUUACAGAUGGGAAUGUUGCGAAAAUUUUAUCCUGACAUGAGCCCUUGGAAAGGUCGCAGAAUUUGGCCACUUUUACACUUCUAAAUUCCUUAUGCAUAUGUAUUUUUAAACACUGCUUCUUUGAGAGAACGUCUGCAAUAAAGUCUGGUCUGUCUGGGGAAAGGAAAAAAUUGAAAAGUUAAUUCUACGUGCCGGAUUUUAGUUUUGCAUACAGUAUGUAAAAUUUCCUCCAAACCAAAGGGUUGAAUUAAGAGAUUUUAUAUCUAUGAGCGAUAUGCAACGCAGUGUGGUACUUUGCGCUGAGCCAUAUUUUACAAGCCUUGACCAUUGCAUUUUAGUCCCCAUGCUGUUGGAGAGAUUCAAUUCCGCAACCCCACAAUGACUACUGGCUAUCUCAACAACCCUGAAGCAACUGCCGAAUUAUUCACCAAAGACGGAUUUUUGAUCACAGGAGACAUCGGAUAUGUCGAUGAAAAUCAAGAUAUUUUCUUGGUGGACCGGAAGAAAGAGAUGAUCAAAGUCCAAGGGAAAUCCGUUGCUCCGGGGCAAUUGGAAGACUUGCUCCAUACAAACAAGAAGAUCAAAGAGUGCUGUGUUGUUGGAGUGCCCGAUGAAGUGCUGGGCGAGAGUAUAUGGGCAUUUAUUGUGAAACGAGAGGAGAGUUUGACGGCUAAAGAGGUCGUAGACACUGUAAAUUGUAAUUUUAUUCAUGGAAAUCUAUGACUUGCCAUUUUUUCAGUGAAUAUUGUGGAUUAUAAACAAAUCACUGGUGGAGUUCAGUUCCUGGAUGCGAUUCCUCGCAAUAACAACGGCAAAAUGUUGAGGAGGAAGUUGCGGGAACUGGUGAUUGCCAACAACAACAUCAGUGCCUAA